AUGAAGACAUGUACACCACAAAAAGGCGAACAAGAGCAUCCGAAAACUUUGUUAAUCGGUUCACGGAGGAGGAGCCUGGUGGUUCGAUCGCGAGAAAUGGCGUGCGGAAUAUCGUUCGAAGCGACCGCCACGAGCACGGUAUUUUUCCUGCUGGUACUGCUGCAGGCGGCACUGGUGUGGGACGAAGUACCCGGUGCUCCAGCGAAGAGGAACGACAUACUCGCGGGCACGGAGUUCCUGUCGGUGUUCAUAAACGGCGCGAUGGCCACGCCGCCGCAGAGACGCCGAGGCUUCCGGCGCGGUGGGCACGGAGCAUCGUCUGUCGGGGACAGCGCGACAGCGGAAUCGCAUCAGCACGAGGCGUCGAUCUACCGAAUAUCGCGGAAUCCCGGGAACAAGCAGAUCAUCUCGAGGGCAAGGAAUUCGAGCGGCCGGGACGAGAUCGUUCGGUUCUAUCCGAUCAGUCACAAGACGUUGGAGAACAGGCAACAGAAUCUGGCGUCGUUGAUCGACGAGCUGGGUACCACCAGCGACAUAUCCUCGACGCGUUUGACGCCGCAGAGCUCGUCCACCACGGUCACGUCGGUGGCGUCUCGAGAAAAGUCAAGGACGAACGUUACCAGCAACAACUCGUCGAGCAAAGGGGUGAGUCGGCAGAAAGUGAUCGGCGUCAGCGUCACGUCCACCGUCGAGGCGACACCGUACAAGGUCAGGGUGGAGCAUUACGAUAACGCUGACGCCGCGGUGAUCACUCGACUGCCGGUGUCCACCGGAAGUCCGUCGAAAGAAACGACCAGAGAGCCGAACAACGCCACGAUCAGGACUCCCACGACGAAAGUGUCGGCUGCCAAUCCGGCAACGAGAACCACAACGACGAUUACCGCGAAAACCGCAUCUGGAUCAUCGUCGACGACGAUAACACCGCCGUCUUCCAGCUUCGUCACGGAGGAGCUGAGCAACAUCGUGUCCGAGUCGAACAGAAGCGAGUUCUCGGUGGACGAGGGCUCACCGAGCACCAGCUGGCAGAGCCACGGUUCGGUGACACCCAGACCGGUGAACAGGCACACCGUGGCCUUAACGGAACACCAUAGAGAGACGAAUAGCAGCGCUCGUAACUCGCCGGAGGACAUGAUCACCCUGCCAACCGAAGAGAAUUACGAGCUGCCGGAGGAGAACUCCGAGCCGAAGGAGUUUAACGAGGAGCCGAUGGAGGUCCAACCGGACCGUCUGCAGGCUCAGGGCCGUAAGGCUGGCAGACACUACGACGCUUCCCAUUACAAUCGUCCCGGCGCGAAGGUCUACAGCCAGUCGUCGAAGAACUACAAGUCGGCUCGACCGUACAACGAGCCGGCCAAUCUUUACAGCGAACCAGCCAAGGUGUACAGCGAGCCGGAGAAGGUGUACGGCGAGCCGGCCAGGGUGUACAGCGAGCCUGCCAAGGUUUACAGCGAACCCGCGAAGGUCUACAGCGAGCCAUCUAAGGUCUACAGCGAGCCAGCCAAGGUCUACAGCGAGCCAGAGAAGGUCUACUCGGAACCGUCCAAGGUUUACUCGGAGCCAGCCAAGGUCUACUCCGAGCCAGCGAAGAUCUACUCGCAGCCAGCCAAGGUGUACGGCGAACCCAGCAGGAUCUACGACUCGGAGGGUCAACCGUUGAGUCAGGAUCGCGACAGGGAACCCGACGAGCCCAACUACGAGGUCGACGAGUCCGUCAGCGUCAGCAGCAACGGGAACGCGCAUGGGCCCCAACUGAUCCUCACGGAGUCCUCGAACUCGUCGGAGGUCGAGGACGGCCACAAAGUGGGCUACGUCGUCGAGGGUAGAAACUACAGGAAGUACAGGGUCGAGGAGAGAACUCCUGACGGUUUCAUCGUCGGCGAGUACGGGGUUGUUAGUCACGACGACGGUUCCUUGAGGGGUGUCCGGUACACCGCAGACGGCACCAUCAAUCCUCGGCUCAUUUACGACGCACUGAUGAAGUUUCUCGCCCUGUGAGGAACGAACGAGGACACGGUGAUAGAGAGAGAGAGAACCGUAACGGAGGCAAGUCGACGGUCGCGUGACUUUGCUGGAUGUUGACGGGUCCGAAACUAGACGCAACAUGACUGAUCCUUCCGCUCUUUCCAACUGAACUGCCUCAGAAUGUAAUUUUAAGGACCUUUUAGGAUCUAAGGAACCUCUCGCGACUGUC